AAAGGCUGUAAAUUGAUCUUGGAGAAUCCUCUCGGGGGGAUUUUGGUGAAAUCACAGGCACGCCAGCUCCGUGCUGGGAUGCAGGGAAGGCUCCAGGCAUGGCCUCUGCAGAGAAACCUCCUGGCCCUGAUCCCCCUCCUGCCCCUCUCGGAGCUGGCACAGAUUUCUGUGCCUCCCCCUCUGCUCUACUCCAGGAUUUUCCUGCUCCCAGCCCCCGGCUGCAGCUGGGGGGCUCAGCCCGUUGCCCCCUGACCCCCUCUCACUGUCCCCAGCCCCGUGCCAUGGCCCUGACCCUGGGGAUGCUGCUGGCCCUGCUGGGCUGUGCCGCGGCACCGGAUCCUGCCCUGGAGGAGGCCUGGCAAGGGUGGAAGAGUCUCUAUGCCAAGGAAUACCCAGGGGAGGCGGAGGCGCUCCGCAGGGAGAUCUGGGAGCAGAACCUGCGCCACAUCCAGCAGCACAACCGGGAGGAGUCGCAGGGCAAGCACAGCUACCGCCUGGCCAUGAACCACUUCGGGGACCUGACGAACCAGGAGUUCAAUGAACUCAUGAACGGCUACGAGCCGGUGCAGAGGGAGAGGGAGGAGCCGGCACGGCCCUUCCCAGCCUCGGCAGCCCUGGAAGCCCCCAUGAAGGUGGACUGGAGGGCCAAGGGCUACGUGACACCCGUGAAAUCCCAGGGCGACUGCGGCUCCUGCUGGGCCUUCAGCGCCACGGGGGCCCUGGAGGGGCUCACGUUCAGGCGGACGGGGAAGCUGGUGGCUCUGAGCGAGCAGAACCUCAUCGACUGCACGCAGCGGCUGGGCAACCACGGCUGCAGAGGGGGCCACAUGGCGCGGGCCUUCCGCUACGUGCGCGACAACGGCGGGCUCAGCUCCGAGCGCGCCUACCCCUACACGGGCACGGACAACAACGGCUGCCGGUACAGCUCCCGGUACAGGGCUGCCACCUGCUCCGGCUUCAGGACGGUGCCCCGGGGCAGCGAGGCGGCCCUGAGGCAGGCGGUGGCAGCCGUGGGCCCCGUGUCGGUGGUGGUGGAUGCCAGCAGCCACAAUUUCCAGUUCUAUGGCUCAGGCAUCUUCACCUGCCCACCUGGCCAGCAGAAGCUGAACCACGCCAUGCUGCUGGUGGGCUACGACACGGCCCAGGUGCGCAACUGCAGCGUGAGCUACUGGAUCCUAAAGAACAGCUGGUCCCAGGGCUGGGGUGAGAAGGGCUACAUGCUCCUGCUGAAGGACGGCGGCAACCAGUGCGGGGUGGCCAGCGAUGCCAGCUACCCGCUGGCCUGAGCCGGGACAGCCCCUCCUGAGCCAGGACAGCUCUCCCUGAUCCAGGACAGCCCUCCCUGAUCCAGGACAGCUCUCCCUCUCUGCCUCCCACCCUGCCUGCCGACCCGCAGCUGUAUCCACCUGGAAAGGGGCUUUAGUUCCUGUGCAGCAAGAAGCCAUUAAAAGUGCUUUGGUUAAGCGGCUGAUGCGCCCAGUCCU